AUGGCGACUUCAAGUGGACUCUUGGCUGGCCGAUUAGCUCUCGUUACAGGUGGCGGCAGUGGUAUAGGCAGAGCUGUGUGUUCAAUAUUUGCUAGGGAGGGAGCCAUCUUGGCUGUGGCAGACAGAAAUAAAUCCGGUGCAGAGCAGACUGUGUCAUCUUUACCAGACUCUUCACAACACACAGCAUAUGAAACAAAUGUUGCAUCAGCGACAGAGGUAUCCAAGCUGCUGCAGGACAUUGAGAGCAAGUAUAAGCAAGUGCCAUCUGUUGCCGUGCAUGCGGCGGGGAUCAAUAAAGACAACUUUUUGCUGAAACUUGAUGAGCAAACUUUUGAUGAUGUCGUCAAUGUCAAUUUGAAGGGAACAUUUCUAGUGAAUCAAGCAUUAGCUCGGGCAAUGGUAAAAUGGCAAGUGCAAGAUGGUUCAAUUGUGAAUAUUUCAAGUAUCGUUGGAAAGAAUGGUAAUCUGGGACAGGCAAACUAUGCAGCAUCGAAGGCAGGGGUUAUCGGUUUUACUAAGACAGCAGCAAAAGAAUUGGCAAGGUACAAGAUCCGAGUAAAUGUCAUCCUGCCAGGUUUCAUUGAAACACCAAUGACAGCAGGUGUGCCAGAAAAUGUUACCCAGAUGAUUGUCGACAUGAUCCCCCUGCGUAGAAUGGGCACACCAGAAGAAAUUGCUGAAGUAUGUGCCUUCCUGGCAUCUACACGGAGCAGCUAUAUCACAGGGGCAGUCAUUGAUGUAAAUGGUGGGCUGAACUUUUAG